AUGUAUGAACUUCUUUAGAAUGUGGAUAACUAUAUUUAAUUAGGUUUUGCUAGCCUUUCAAUCCUAUUCUUUUAUAUAGUUUAUUAGACAGAUGUAAUUGGGAAUUAUAAUUCUUAGACAUUCAUGAUACAAAAUGAAGAGAAUUGGGAUUACUUGAGAUAAUAAUAUGCUCAACUAUAUGAUCCUUAGGAAUUAGAUAAAUUUCAUUUUCCAAAUGAGAUGGCUAGUUUUUGUUAUAAAAUUUAAGAAAAAAUAACAUCAAUAUAAUGGGAAUACAUUUAUUUCAUUUGCUUAUCGGGAUUAGUUCUAAUGUUAUAUUCAGUAUUAAUUGUUGAUAUAAUUAGUUUUUUUUUCUUGAGAGCGGAUUCUUAUAUUUUGGAAUGAACAUCAUAUUUGGAGGUCUAACAAUGUUUUACCUAUGUUAUUUUAUAAAUAACGUAUAUUUGGGAACUGUUGUAAAAGUUCCAUUACGAGUAAUUUGUAUAUCAAUCAGACUGAUCCUCUGCGCUGGGCCUAUGGUAAUGGAUUCUUCUUGAGUUUAUUUUGUCUGGGAAUGCUAAUAAUUUCAAUACUUUUAGUAAAUCAAAUAAAUAUGUUCGUUUUCCACAAACCUAUAGGAAUAGCCUAUGUAUUAGGAGGUACAAAAUAUAUUGAAUAGAUAAGGCUCAUUAUCCUUAUAUUUUAGAAGAGAGUAGCAAUCAAUUCUAGGAAGAAGUAUAUCGAUAGGAACUGAUCUUCAUGUAAAAGAUAAUCUAGGAUCAGAAGGUGUAAUGGAUGUAAUAGGAUAUUCUGAAAAGUUAGCAUCAAUAAUGGGUCAUAUUUUAAGUGAUAACCAUUUAUUAGAUCUAAUAAUUGUAUUGUUAUUAUAUUUCACUUUGCCAAGAGUAUAAAUUAAUUAUUAAUAGAUUUUUUAAAUUGGAGCUAUGAAUACUAAUGUUUACUCAAUAGUAAUGUUAAUAAAUUACUUUGCAUAAUUUAUUAUUUCAUUUUUCAUUUCUUCAUUUUAAUCAGAAGAUAUAGCUAAGAAUGUCUUAUAAAAUGUUAGAACUUAAAUUAUAGCUGCUAGUCUAUUUAGUAUAAUUUCACUAAUACUAUUAUAUAUCUAUAAUUCUACUUAUAUGAGUAUAGCUAGUUUUGGUCUUAUAACUAGUAUGUUACUCAUAAUAUAUUUGGAAUAUGUUACAAAUCAUUCAUUUCCAUAAGUUAGAAACAUUGCUUCAGCAGCUUUAAAUGCCCCAAUGCUUAAUAUUAUGAAUGGCAUAUUUUUGGGAGACAUGGGUUAGUUAUUUUUUGUAGGAUUGACAGGAUUAUUUAUUUUCAUUUCUAAAGAGAUUGGUGGAAAUGAAGGUCUUUAUGCUUUUUUAACAGGAUUAAUUAUGAAUGCUAUAGUUAUGACAUCUAUAUAAUUUAGUGGAAAUUCUAUAAUGAUUGGUUUAAAAUUUGCAUAGAUUGCUUAAGUAGAUUCAUUACCUUUAGAAAAAGUAAUUAUAAAAUUAUAUAUAAAAUUAGAUUAAUUUAGCAGCUUGUAAUUAUGCUUUAUAUUUAAAAACAAUAACAAUUAUUUGUUUAUUUUUGAUAACAAUAAUAUUUUUUCCUUUAUAAGAAAUCUAAUGUUUUGCUGUUUUUAUAGGAAUCAUUUUAGCCUACUUUUUCAAAGGGAUUUUUUUAAAGUUUGUUGGAACUUAGAUUCUUAGACAAUUAAGAGGAUUUUAUGAGGGAACAUUUCUGGAUAAUUAAGUUUACAAUUUAUGGGAAUUAACAGGUUUAAUUGGUCUAGUAAUUUAAUUAAAUAUUCUAUUAGCAAUUUAUUAUUUUGAAUAUUUUUAAAUACUUCACUUCUAAGUUUGGAAUGUAUUCAUAUGUUUACAGUUACACAUAGAUUGUGUUGAUUUUAAGUGCUAGAGCUAUAAUAACAGGGAGCAGUCUAAAGAAUGUUAGAGUACUUGAAGGAACUUUAAAGGAGAAUAAGAUAAUUUAUUUAUCUCAUAUGUAUGCAGAUAUUCAAGGCAUAGCUAUGGAAGAAUCUCCAGCAUUACCUUAAAUAGGAUUUUUAGGUAUAUCGAUAGUGUUAGGAUUAACAAUUUGA